GUGUAUCUCAUCUCAUUUAAAAAAAAAUAAUAUCGGGAUCGUAUACUAAGGUUUUAUGAUAUCCUAUGAUCAACUUCCUGUUGUUUAUUUUGACAGAAGAUGGCUCUUAAUUUUGAGAAGUUACUGAAUGAUGCCAAGAUUUUGGUAACUCGGUUGAAGACCCAUGACAGCUCAGCAGAUGUCAUCAUUGCCCAAACACAGACUCUUCAUAACAGAAUAGACUCAAUGAAACAGUAUCAAGACGACAUCAACGAACUGAAUGAGAUUGCUCGACACAGACCCCGUUCUACAUUAGUGUUAGGAAUAGCACAAGAGAAUCGUCAGAUCAGAGAACUACAACAAGAGAACAAAGAACUAUGUCUGUCACUAGAAGAACAUCAGUCAGCAUUAGAACUUAUCAUGCAGAAAUAUCGGGAACAAAUAAUGAAACUAUUACAAAGCAACAGAGUAGAAAAAUCAAUUAAAACAAGACAGGAUCAGAAAAAUAGGGAAAUUGAACAACUUAUUGACAAAAUUAGUGAAAUGGCUGCAGUAAUGCAGAAAGCUGCUUCUGUUGAUGAUCAGUUGUCUGCCCAUGAUCAUGAAAAACUGACUCAACUCCAGCUAGAAAAUAAUGGAUUACGGGAAAUAUUAGAAGUAUGCACUACAGCAAAACAAAAAAUUUUGGACAAUGUUAAAGCAACAGAAUCUGAUGAUAAGUCAGCACAAACAGACCAAAGUUCUGAUCAAAGCUUUGAAAGUUUGGACAGCCAAGGAGAAAAUGAACCAGUCAACAAACCUUCAGAAAAUGAUUAAAGUUUAAAAACUUCUAAAAGGAGAGAGACAGAACAUUGUGUGUCAUUUUGUAUAACAGCUGAUUUCCUAAUGCUUGCAAAGUAAAAUUUGUUUGGCUUGCUUGCUUUGUGUGUACAAUUGUUUAUACAAGCUUUGUAAACAAGAUUGACAUCUUUAAACAAUAUAUAUAGGCAUAGUUUAGCCUGUAUAUAUUAUAUUUGAAUUUAAUUGGGUGUUAUCCUAAUAUGAUUGUACAAUAUACAAACAAAGCAAGUGACGUUUUGCUUUACAUGCAUUAUGAAAUUAGCUGUAAUGAUAUAAGCAUACAUUUAUUAACAAGAGUUAUCAGCUGUAUUGUGUAAAUUUAUUAACAAAUGAUGUCAGCUGUUUUAAACUGAUAUUGUGUAUAGAUAAGUAAAUGGAAAAUAUUUGAGGUUUGGAGUGGAUGCUUAUAGUCUUAUAAAUGUAUUUUACACAUAACUCACAAAAGAAACUGUAUCAUAAAGUGCUAUAACUUUCAUUUGCAUACAAUUGUGUUUAUGAUGAAGAAAGAUCUUUACCUUAGAAAAAUAAAAUGAAAUCCAACUAGAA